GGUCACACAAGAAACUCGUAGCUCGUUUUUGGUUCAAACGACGUCUGGGAUAUGCACUUCUUCAAAUCUACGUCCCUACUUUCAUGCUUGUGGUCUUGUCUUGGUUUUCCUUCUGGAUUCCUCAAGAAUCUGUUCCAGCCCGUGUGGCGCUUGGAAGUACAACUGUGCUUUCCAUUGUGACAUUCACUGGCUCCUUCAGAAGCUCUCUCCCAAAGGUAUCUUAUAUAAAGGCGGUGGAUAUCUACUUUAUUGUUUCGUUUGCAUUUCUUUUUGCGGUAGUCUUUGAGUACGUUUUAGUUUUGCUUAACACUGGAAUAAAGCGCCAAAGACGUGCCAGUAGUGCACCUCUCUCAGAGGAGAACAACGAGGAGGCAAACGGCUCAAAGAUAGACGUAUUUAAUGGAAUAAAAGAAUUGCAAGAUAUCAAAGUAGAGAGUCCGGAAUCUUCGAAAGAAAAGCUAAAGGAAGGGAAAUAUAUCUCAGUAAAGAAGGCCAAAGAGUACGUGCGUUAUGCUUUUGUAAGGAAUGAAGCCAGCUCAAUUGAUCGAGCAUGUCGUUAUCUUUUUCCUUGUUGUUACGCCCUGUUUAAUUCGUUUUACUUUGCUUUUUAUGAGUUGUCGUCAUUUGGAAAUCAUCCACCUUCCGAAAUGUAACAAGCAUGUGACUUCAAAUAACAAUCAGGAAAGGUCAACAUUGAACACAGAUCAGACAGAUUAACCUGCUUCACUCGCUGUUUGCUUUGUUUGAUCAUCUUAUUGACCAGGAUAAUUUUCAGUGAGGCUAAAAUCCGGUUUGAUAAAUUUUACAUCGCAUAUGAGACGGUGGUUACCGUUCAUAUGCGUAGAGAUCGAUCAAUUUCAUCGAGUUCCAUAGCAAAAUAUCCCCUACACCACCUCUCGGGGCGGCACCACUAUGCAAUCAAAGAUCUCGAUAGAAUCUACUAGCCAUUUCGUUUAUUAUGAUAAUAUCUAUUAAAUUUCAGAGCUUAGAGAUCAGAAAGAAUAUGAGUGUUCUGAAGAGGGUAGAUGCUUGACUCUAGAUAAAUUCUAAACAGUAACAAAAUACAAAAUAAUUGUAAAUAAAUUAGUAGUAAUAGUAAUAAAAAUUACAAUAUGA